AGAACUGAAAAUAGAUGAGAAGCAGUGAAAUCGGUGAUGGCUCCGAGCAAAACCUUGUUAGGAUCUGGUACAUUUGGCAGUGUUUAUUCAAAGUUAUCCAAGACUCGUGUAGUUGCUGUAAAGGUUUUGUCUCAGCAUGCCGUGAGUAGGAAAGGCUUUUUUGACCGAAAUCAGGAUGAUGUAUUUCGCGAAAAUCUUCUACUAACGUGCCAUCCUAAUAUUGUCAAAAUUCUUCGAGUUGAGCAAAUCAAGCGCAAUUUUGCGCAUGGUGUUGUUAUUACAAUGGAGCUAAUGCUUUCCUUCGACGACCUGGCUGGCAAGCUGAUGGGAUGCCAUCGUUUAGAGACUAUCGCUAAAUUUGUUCGCGAAGUAGCGGAAGCACUUUCGUUCCUCCACUCUCGUGAUCCGCCAGUAGUUCACAGAUAUCUGACGCCUCGCAACAUUCUUUUUGGUUUUAAUAGCAUCCGCACGGAACUGAUCGCAAAAGUCUCCGAUGCUGGCCUCGCGCAAGCACUCGAGUCUGCCCAUAGCGAGGAGGAUUUUCGUAUAAUACCAUCUCGGUACAACACCCAGUUUAUGGCACCGGAAACAAUGGGUUAUGUCUGCUCUCCAAGAAUCGUAUAUCACCCAAAAAUGGACAUCUACUCACUGGGGAUCAUACUUCUCACGAUGGUGAAUGGGAGCCCCCCAGACACACAGGCUUAUCCACUUGAUAGUCAAACAGAACUUGAAGGUCAUGGAUUUCAGAGACAGCAUGACACGCUUGGAGAGCUCGUUAAAAGAAUGGAUCCAGGUACGCAAAGAAACAGUCAAUAAACUCGAGAACAUUGGCUUAGCCAAUAUGAUUGAAAAGCUCAAGAACGUCAUCAAAACAGAGAACCAGGCUAACUCAGUGGGUACUGGCAUGAGCGUCGCUGGGGGAGCAGUGAUGUUUGGUGCAGUGGUGGCUUCAUUUUUUGUGGGUGGAGCUGCCGUGCAAGCUGUACAGUUGGCUAGACAAUCUGGUAAGAUAGUAAAAGACGCGGGUAAGGCGACUUGCGCUUUUGCUAAAAUCUACAAGCACCGGAAUGAAGCCCUGGCCGUGAGUACUGUCGAAGAGGUGAUUAGAGAAGACCGACUUAAGACUGCAUCCUUAAGACAAGCAUUGGACGGCUUUUCAGAGCAAGUACUGAAAUGCGCUAAUGACUGACCUGAAUCCUCCGUCAGUAGCAGACGGGAAUCUCCUGAUCCUUGACAAAGGAGAGCAGCUUGGGAAGCAGUUUGCGACUUUCGUCCUUGUCGGCAUGAAAAUAGUUGGGAAUUAUUACUCUGAAGUUGGUAGAGUCGCCACCAUAUUGUCGCUGCCGUUGGAUAUCCUGAGUAUGCAUGCAGCUCUGAAGCGUCUGGAAACCACAGGUAGCCCGGUGACGGAAUGGAUGCAGACUUUGCGGGAGACGUAUGUGUGUGCUAUGGAGGAAAGGGACACCCGUAAUGCUGUGAUCUCGUUGAUAGGGACACUGUUGAAAUGGCGGAUCGAGGCUGCCAGCAAGGCAACUAAUCGCUACUUUGAAGCACUGUGAAGGCUACAAACACUCUUAUGCCCAACUAUUGAAAAAAAAAUGGGUAAGAUGGAAAAAUGCUGAUUGUCCAUUUUAGAAUUGUUCAUGAGGUACAUUUUUAGCGGCUGACGAGGCAGAUACUGUCAUCAAGCCAGAUUCCAGGACAGGAAUAGCUGACCUCAGCACGUUUCGAUAUUUUGUUAUCAUAGAUACUGUAGAUUGAUGAUUUAUAGCUUUUAAACAUUUUCUAUUAGGUCAUUGUAUACAUAGGAAUUUGUAUUAUCCGCCUUUCCCAUACUUCCCGUACUUGAAAUCGGGUGUAUCGUAGAAUUAGGGACAUGACACUUAGACAGCGAUUGAUGGAGGAAUAAGGGGUAGGAGCACGUACUUGAAAUCGUAGAAUUAGGGACAUGACACUGAGAGAACGACUGAUAAUAUAGUAGAUAGCAAAGGUGCCAUAUACGACUUUUCUUGAAAAAAUGCGUACCGUGCAAGCUCUCGAAUUUGCGCGCAAAUGGCAUAGCAAAUGUUUUUCAUUAUUUCUUGUGAGAAAUAUUUUUACAAUAGAACACGAUAGGAUUCUGAUGCAUAGAAUCGAUAAGUAAAAUAAAACUCCUUGAGUUGUAAUGCUAAUGUUGUCAGUACAUGAUCUGCUAGGGGGGGGGGGGGCAUAAUCUUUUAAUGCCUGGUUAAUAUAUUAGGCUCCUGAUAGUGUAUAGGGUGACUAAUCCUAACGGCGCUGGUCACCUAAAUCCAGUAUAACUACCUACUCGUGGUGCACCUGUUUUAGACAAAAUGUUAUACUUGGGACCGAGUAAGGGACGGUAUAUUCCCUUCUGGGUAGGUGGAGCUCGUUAGCCUUGGUUGGCAGUCCACCUAGGGGAAGGAAAACCCUGAUUCCAAACCUCCGCUGCCUUGCGGCUAUACCCGUUCUGGGAAAGGCUAAGGGAGCAAAUCCCUACAGAAAACCCGGAGUGGAGCCCCGUUAGGCAGCCUGUCUCCUCAGUCGCUGGCAACUCCUGCAGUCGACCUGGUACCAAACGUAUUGGCUAUGUCUUUCCUUUGGACCUUAUCAGCAAGACCGAGAGGGGGAUUCUGGGAGUUGGGCAAACCAGUCUCUCCAUAUUUUAUGCCCAGGCUAGCGCUUUUUGCGCUGAUGUCAUGGACACUGACUGUCCGAAGACUGCCUACUACUGAUAGACCAGCGGAAGGUUUCCAUGCUAUUUAAUGCAUCAGAAAUAUCGAAUAGUUUUGGUCGAAAGAUGUGACAGCUAAGUUGAGCUUAGUUAGUUGAUCAGGUGCCCCUAACGAUGCCAAGACAAACUUUGGCGUCAUUGGAUUUUGCCUUGACAACAUACAUAUUUCAAUUAGAAAUCUUUUCGGCAAUACUAUAGUCCUGUCGUGUUAGUGUGACCGGGUGGUAUUUUGGGUUAUUUUAGAUUUUGCAAAGAUUUUAAGUAAGCGAUUUUUGGAUUGCGAUUAUAAUUGUUUUACGUAUUUUACGGAUUGUUUCUCAAACGUGAUUUUAAUUCGAUCCGUACACGCUUAGGAAUUUACUUUCAACAUGUUUCAAAUUCCUUUAAAUUAGUAUCAAUAGCUUGAUAGUGCUAAUUGAAUCAAGUAAGCGUCCUUUUACCAUUUCCCAGAUAGAUUAGUUUCUAAAUUUGACAGGACAAUGGACGCUGAGUAAUUUGAACGGUAGUAAAUGUUAGCGUCCCUAGAAAAAUGCGCGUCCCCAAGCGAGUUUAAAAGCGGCUGUUUUACAGUAUCUGUUUUUUUAGUUUAGUACCGUUGAGCAAAGGAGACGCAUUGCUUGCGCGGCGUGGUGCGGGAGCGAGAUAUGCAGUUGUUCAGGGAAGACAGUCAGCAGAGAUAAGCUACAAGCUUAGAGCGCUGUCCGUACGGGCCUGUCAUGCCAGUUGUGUUCAGUUUGAUGUACCGGUUGUAAGUACUUUGUUUUUAAAACUAGCCUUUGGUUUAGGUCACCUUUUCUCCGGAUUUGACUAUGUUUGUUAUCACUUAUUUAUUAUACUUUAUUAUUUAAUUUGUUAAUAAAUCCUUAUAAGUCCA